AUGGAUUGUGAAAAUACUAGUUCAGUAUCUUCGUCUAUAAAUAUUGAAGAAAAACGUUCUACUAGUAAACUUGUUGCUAUUCGAAAAAUAGAAAUUCAGAUACAAAAACAAUGGUCCGAUCGAAAAUAUUUUCAAGCUGAUGCUCCAACUCAAUGGACCGACAAUUCAAAUAAAUAUUUCGUUACAUUUCCAUAUCCUUAUAUGAAUGGUCGCCUUCAUCUUGGUCAUACAUUUUCAUUAUCAAAAUGCGAGUUUGCUACUGGGUAUCAACGUUUAAAAGGAAAACAUUGUCUGUUUCCUUUUGGUUUUCAUGCAACGGGUAUGCCUAUUCCAGCAGGUGCUGAUAAAUUAAAACGUGAAAUUGAAGAAUUUGGGUUUCCACCUCAAUUUCCUAUUGAAAAAGAAGAAGACGAAGGUGAGCAAAUUUUAAAUAUAAAUGGUAUAUCAAAUGAUACAAAAAUCGACAAUAAAGCAAAGGGUAAAAAGUCAAAAGCAAUAGCAAAAACAGGUUCUGAAAAAUAUCAAUGGGAAAUAAUGCGUAGUAUUGGAAUUGAAAGUGAUGAUGAAAUAAAAAAAUUUACUGAUCCACAAUAUUGGCUUACUUAUUUUCCACCUCAUGUUGAACAAGAUUUACAAAUGAUGGGUUUAAAAGUCGAUUGGCGUCGUUCUUUUGUAACAACAGAUUUUAAUCCAUAUUAUGAUUCAUUUAUUCAAUGGCAAUUUCAUCAUUUAAAACAAGGAGGAAAAAUUCGAUUUGGAAAAAGAUAUACAAUAUAUUCACCAAAAGAUAAUCAACCAUGUAUGGAUCAUGAUCGAAGUAGUGGUGAAGGUGUUCUUCCACAAGAAUAUACAUUAAUUAAAUUACGUAUUCAAGAUGAUUUUAUUCCUGAUAAACUUAAGAAUCAUUCUACAUUAGAUGGUGUUUAUCUUGUUGCAGCUACUCUUCGCCCAGAAACAAUGUAUGGUCAAACAAAUUGUUGGCUUCAUCCAAAUAUAUCUUAUAUUGCUAUUCCAACUCGUGAUCAUGGAAUUUUUAUUUGUACUCGACGUGCUGCACGUAAUCUUUCUCAUCAAGAUUUUACACAUGAACAUGGAAAAUUCACAGUACUUGCAGAAUUUCUUGGUUCAGAAUUAUUUGGUUUACCAUUAGAAGCUCCUUUAUCUUCUUAUAAAACAAUUUAUGUUCUUCCUAUGUUAACAAUUAAAGAAGAUAAAGGAACAGGUGUUGUUACAAGUGUACCAAGUGAUAGUGCUGAUGAUUAUGCAGCAUUAUUUGAUCUUAAAAAAAAAGUUCAAAUGCGUGAAAAAUAUUCAAUAAAAGAAUCAAUGAUAUUACCAUUUGAUCCAGUACCUAUCAUUUAUGUCGAACCAUAUGGAAAUUUACCUGCUAUAACAGUUUAUGAAAAAUUUAAUAUUCAAUCUCAACAUGAUUAUGAAAAACUUGCUCGAGCUAAAGAUGAAAUUUAUAAAAAAUCAUUUUAUGAUGGAAUUUUACUUACAGGAAAAUAUCAACAACAAAAAGUUAUUGAUGUAAAAAAAUUUAUUCGAGAUGAUCUUAUUACAUCAAAACAAGCUUGUAUUUAUUAUGAACCAGAAAAUAAAGUUAAAUCACGAUCAGGUGAUGAAGGUAUUGUUGCUUUAUGUGAUCAAUGGUUUAUAGAUUAUAGAAAUGAAUCAUGGAAAGAAGAAGCACGUCAUGUUCUACAACAACUUAAUGUUUUUAGUGAUGAAACACGUCAAAAUUUUGAAGCUACAUUUGAUUGGCUUCAUGAACAUGCAUGUUCUCGUUCAUAUGGUCUUGGAACAAGACUACCUUGGGAUAAACAAUAUUUUAUUGAAUCUCUUUCUGAUUCAACUAUUUAUAUGGCUUAUUAUACAGUAGCUCAUCUUCUACAAUCUUCAUAUGAUGGACAUCAAAAUGGUUCUGCUAAUAUAAGUCCAUCUGAAAUGACAAUUGAUGUUUGGGAUUAUAUAUUUUUUGUUGAUAAAUCCUAUAGUUCAUUAAAAACAAAUAUUUCAAAAGAAAUUCUUGAUCGUCUUCGAAAUGAAUUUCAAUAUUGGUAUCCUGUUGAUUUAAGAUCAAGUGGCAAAGAUCUUAUACCAAAUCAUUUAACAUUUACUCUUUAUAAUCAUGUUGCUAUUUGGCCUAAAAAAGAAGAUAAUCGAUGGCCAAAAGCAUUUCGUGCUAAUGGACAUCUUUUCUUAAAUGGUGAAAAAAUGUCUAAAUCAACAGGCAAUUUUAUGACUUUAAUACAAGCUAUUGAAAGAUUUUCUGCUGAUGGUAUGCGUCUUACUCUUGCUGAUGCUGGUGAUUCAAUUGAAGAUGCAAAUUUUGAUGAACAAAAUGCGGAAGCACAACUUCUUCGUCUUUAUACAUUUAUUGAAUGGGUUAAAGAAGUUCUUAAUAUUUCAUCUUCUCAAACAAAUACUCAGUCGACUGAUCAAAAAUCAAAUGAUGGAAAAUAUGAAAAUAAAUCAAUGAAUUAUUUUGAUCGUGUUUUUGAAAGUGAAAUAAAUCAAGCAAUUAAACUUACUGAAGAAGCUUAUGAAAAUAUGUUAUAUAAAGAAGUAUUAAAACAUGGCUUUUUUCAACUUCAAAAUAGUCGAGAUAAUUAUCGAGAACUUUGUUCAGGAAUUGAACAAAUGAAUAUUUCAUUAAUAAAACGUUUUAUUGAAGUUCAAACACUUCUUUUGGCACCAAUUUGUCCACAUAUUUGUGAUUAUGUUUAUCAAUUAUUGUAUCCAAAUAAAUCAAUUAUGGAAGCUAAAUGGCCAAUAUCUGGUAAAAUUGAUCAAUCAUUAAUUGAUUCUUGUAAUUAUCUUUUAAAUACUGUACGUUAUUUUCGUAAUCGUUCAAAAAUAUUAACUACACAACAAAAUAAAAAAUAUGAUGAAGCAAUUAUUUAUGUUGCUCGUGAUUAUCCUCAAUGGCAAAUAUUCAUUAUUAAUCAAUUAAAAAUAAUUUUUAAAGAAAAUUUAUCAUUUCCCGAUAAUAAAAUUUUAUCAUCAUAUUUUAAAGAUCGACAAGAAAUUGAUAUAAAAUAUACAAAAAAAGUGAUGCCUUUUGUUACUUAUUGUCAACAAUUAGUUAAAGAAGCAAAUAAUAAUAUUAAUGUAUUAGAUCAACAUUUAACAUUUAAUGAAUAUGAAAUUCUUAUUCAUAAUCAACAAUAUAUUCAAAGAUCAUUAAAACUUAAUCAAUUACAAAUUAAAUUAAUUAAUGAUGAACAUACAGAAAAUCUUAAUAAUCUAGAUGAUAUUAUACCAGGUAAACCACUUAUUCAAUUUUUUUCGAAAUCUUCGAUCAAUGAACCAUUAUCGUCAGAAUUAAAUAAACAAAAAGAUGAAAUCAAAUAA